AUGUGGGCAAGGACUAUCCUCCGGCUCUGUAGUAGCAAGCCGCCCGGCACAGCACCCGCUGCCGUUGGUUCGUCGUGGAUGACGGCUGCCGCGUGGGCCAGCCUUGGCAGUGAGUUUGCUGGUGUGAGCGAAGAGAAAUUCCUCCGGCCAACACCCGAAAACUUUCUGACGCCGCGCGCCACCACCGACGUGACAGUAGCGGAGGAGCUGCUACAGUCAAUGGUGGCGGAAAACGAAGAGCGAUACAAGGGCAUUGACGUGUGCGACCCUACAUCGAUGGCGGUCUACGAAGGGGAACGACCUCGGUGGAUGACACUCGGAAGCCAAGUGCGUGCCGUGUCGGAGUUCAUCUCUGGUCACCUGUGUCACCACAUAUCGCUGCCGGAGUGGAGGACGCUGUUCGAUCUGCAGUACGCCGAGAUGGAUCUGACGUACUGGCUCUACGUGCUGCACGUCCACAUGGUGAGCCGGCGCGCUACCAGCAUUCCCAUUGAAAAGUUUAACCGCCGCCGCGAGGUGCUGGAGGAGAUNCUGCUCACUAUGUUUGACAGCUGGGCCGCGACGUCGGAGGACAUCAUGGGUCGCCCACCGCUGACCAAAAUACGUUUCUACAUCAAAGAUAUGUACUACGUGACGGCGGUAAACUUUGAAGAGGCGCUUCUCCAUGAUGGUGCGGGCGCCGAUUUGAUGCUGCUAGGAUUUUUAAUGAAGUUUUGUCCUCUGCCGCGGCCGGAGGAUGUGCCGCUCUACACAUACUACUCCCUGGUGCACUACAUUCGCUUCCACACUGCCCUGCUAGACAGAAUUCCCGACGAGUUAAUUGCAAAGGGGAACUUCAACUUUCUUUCACCCACCGACCCACGCAUAUUUGAGCAUUAUGACGGCAUCGCACUUGAUCGUGUCAUUCGUUCCUGGACAGUAAAGGGCGAAGACGAGGAAAAGAGUGAAUGCUGA